AUGUUGUUAUCAACGCCAGUUUCAACACUGAAAUGGGCCUUCUUGAUGACGAUGAUAACCACCAUGGUAACCUCUAAUCCUCCUGAAGAGCCCAUUAAAUGUUCAACCAAUCUCACAAACUGCAACGUCACCAACUCUUAUGGCGCAUUCCCUGAUCGAACCACCUGUCGUGCGGCCGAGGUCACAUACCCUUCAUCCGAACAAGACCUCAUCGCAGCUGUUGCCACUGCUACACAGGCCCACAGAAAGAUGAGAGUAGCCACUCGUUACUCGCACAGCAUACCAAAGUUGGUUUGUCCAGCUGGUGAUGAUGGACUCGUUAUUAGUACCGAAAAACUUAAUCGUGUUAUUGAAAUCGAUAAAGAUAGCGGGCUCAUGACCUUAGAGAGCGGUGUGACAUUAAGGCAACUCAUUGAUGAAGCUUCAAAAAAUGGGUUGGCCUUGCCUUACACUCCUUAUUGGUGGGGUUUGACGAUUGGUGGUCUUUUAGGCACGGGUGCACACGGUAGCACCCUUUGGGGCAACGGGAGCGCGGUUUAUGAGUAUGUUGUUCAGAUGCGGAUGGUCGCCCCAGGUCGGGCAGAAGAUGGUUAUGCUAAAGUGUGGACGCUUGAAGAAAAUGGCGAGUCCGAUGGAGACAUGAAGGCAGCUAGAGUUUCUCUCGGAGUACUAGGAGUUAUUUCUCAGGUAACUUUAAGGCUGCAACCAUUGUUCAAGAGGUCCAUUACCUUUUUAACCAAGAACGACACAGACUUAUCAGAUCAAGUGACCACUUUCGGGAGACAACAUGAGUUUGCAGAUAUAACAUGGUACCCAAGUCAGAAACGAGUGGUUUAUCGGAUCGAUGAUCGAGUCUCCUCCAAUGUCUCCGGAAAUGGCCUCUGGGACCACCCUGGUUUUCGAGCUACGCCCUCACUUGUACUCCUCAUCUUAAGAUCUUCAGAGGAGGAUCAAGAGGCGAAAGGUGAUGUUGCUGGAAAGUGUAGUGCUGGAAAACUUACUACAGACGUUCUAAUAAAGGGUGCAUACGGGCUAACCAACGAUGGUAUUAUCUUUAAGGGUUACCCUGUGGUUGGAUAUCAAAAUCGGCUCCAAGCAUCAGGGGGUUGCCUCAAAGGCCCUAAGGAUGCUGGAAUCACGGCAUGUCCGUGGGAUCCCCGAGUCAAAGGCUUAUUCUUUCAUCAGACCACAUUCAGCAUCGUCCUUUCGAAAGCUAAAGAUUUCAUCCAAGACAUACAAAAGCUAGUAAAUAUAACACCACAAUCGUUGUGUGGCCUAGACCUCUAUAACGGCAUUCUCAUGAGAUACGUCACUGGUUCAUCAAAAGCUUACUUAGGCAAACAAGAAGACUCAUUGGAUUUUGACAUCACUUAUUACAGAAGUAAAGAUCCAAAAAGUCCAAGACUUUUCGAAGACGUGCUCGAAGAGAUUGAGCAAAUGGCGGUUUUCAAGUAUGGCGGGUUACCGCAUUGGGGAAAGAAUCGAAAUGUGGCAUUUGAAGGGGCAAUCAAGAAGUACAGAAAGGCUAGAAAGUUUAUGAAGGUUAGAGAGAAGUUUGAUCCAUUAGGGUUGUUCUCAAGUGAGUGGACAGAUCAAGUUUUAGGACUAAAAGGUGGAUUGAGCAUCGUUAAGGAAGGUUGUGCCCUUGAGGGUUUGUGUGUGUGUUCAGAGGAUAUCCAUUGUGCACCAGAAAAGGGUUAUUUAUGUCGAUCUGGAAAAGUCUUUGAAGAUGCAAGGGUUUGUACAUUAGUUCAUCAAGUCAAAGAAGCCGAUACUUCAUCAUCCAUAAACAUUGAGAUUUGA